AUGCCUCUCCACACCUACCAUCAUUCCUCCUCGACCAAAGGUCUCUCCAGCAUCACCUCACUGAUUGUUGGUGCUAAGGAGGCGAUCUUGAUCGACCCUCCCUUCUUGAUUCCCGACGCUCAGUCUGUCAUUAGCUGGGUCCAAGCCACAACCCAUAAUCCGCUCAGAGCUGUGUUUGUAACCCACCACCACCCAGAUCACUUCUUUUCGGCAAACCCCAUUCUUGAGGAGUUCCCCUCGGCCAAAUUCUACGCCGCACGGCACGUCCUCGAGGGUAUCAACCGCGAAUAUGACGAUAAGGUGAAAUAUUGGCCAACUAUCUUUGGAAAAGAGAAUGUCCCCGAAACGCCCAAGAAGCCAGAAGAGUUCAACUUCAGCUUUUUCUUGUUGCAGGGCAAUCCUGACAGCCCUGUGGUGCUUCUGGGGCCACUGCAGGGUGACUCGGUCGAUCAUACGAUCUUCUGGAUGCCAACUGAGAGGACGAUUAUCUGUGGCGAUACAGUCUACGGAAGAAGCACACACGUUUGGGUCGAAGAGGUUGAAACCCCGGCUCUACUCCAAGCAUGGAUCAAAACCGUGGAAUUUAUUUCGACCCUAGAGCCGAUUAAGCUUAUCCCUGGCCACAUGGAGGCCGGAUGGGAACUGGACACUCUGGCCGAUCUCGCUCAUACCAAGAAGUACCUUGGUAUGUUUGGAGAGAAGGUUACUUAUGCUCCCACCAAGCCGCAAGUCCAGGAGCUGUAUGAUUACUUCCAGAAUGCGUUCCCGCAGUGUAAGGAAAAUCUGGAUUUCUUCUUAGGCCACCUGUCCAAUCAAUUUGGCGAAGAUGGGCAGGUCUGGGAAGAGAAUCGGCAUCAUGCCGUGGAUAAGAGGACGGUGGAAGGGCUGAAUGGUUACUUGUUUUAA